AUGGACGCCAUCGAACGCCCCCUCUACCUGACCCAGGAGGCAGCGGAGCUGCACCAAACAACUGCCUGGGGGGCACACAACGAAGAAGAGAACGACCUGGACGCCGCGGAGGCCUACAGACCGCUGCGAAAAAGACCGCGGCACCCAGCGGACGUACUGGCUCACAGCGGAGAACCAGACUCGCAACCGGACCUACCAGAACCAAGACCAGAGCUACCGCUACGAGCACUCAAGAAGUUGCGCACGCUGGUACCCUUCCUCUGUGGGGAGGCACAAGACCUGGCAGCAGCGGCAGUCUCAGACCUGCUGGAGUGGAGCACCCAGUUCUGGGGAAACGUGGUGGAGCUGGUGGACGACGAGAACCCGGCCUUCCUGCAGGGCACCAACGCGCUACAAGCUGAACUACCAGUACCACCCGCGCUACCUCAACAACAAGAACGACAAGAACGCCACCAGGAAGUACCCCAAGGGCAACCAGCACCUGUACGAGCGGGGCAAGCAGGGGAGACGACAGCAGGGACGACGACAGAGGCGGGGGCACAAGAAGAACCCGCUGAACAAGAGGAGGUACCUGCUGCACCAGAGGAGGCCGAAGAGCGCUUUCGCGACAACAUGUUCGCGAUUGCAGAUGCUGCACUUGGCCCGAAAGACCAGUUUGCGAACCACCUGACCACCGACGAAGUUUGCAUCCGUGUCGAUGGAGAGAGGCACAACAAAGAGGACAGGAUUGACAUGAUGAACGAGAGGCUGAAAGCAAACAACUUGACACCAGCACACCAAAGCCACAAGCAGUACCCCGAGCUCAAAAGUCAGUCCGAUAAACUCAAAACCCAUCCAGAGCAACAGACUCAUCCCGGAGCUGACCGAGACAGUCACCAUGCGCCGGCGAGUCCUGAAGAGUACAUCAUUUGGAGAUUGACACCCCUGCGUGACUUCUAUGGUCGUCGCAUCCCACAGGUCCGGCGCACCCGCCUGCUCAUGCAGAUAUUCUUCAUGGCCGCAACCAGUGCUACGGCAGUGCUUGCAGCAGCAGAUCAGACAGCCUGGACACCCAUCGUCGUGGCAAUCUCCGCAGCUCUCGCGUCUUGGCAAGAAUUCCGCGGUGUGGACAUGAAGCUGGAGCGCUACGGCGCUGUGGUCGCUACUCUCCGAAAUCUGAUGCUUUGGUGGCAGACGUUGCCAGAAGCCGACAAGGCCAAUGUCCGUCAUAUCGAGAGGCUGGUGGGCAGAUGUGAGAUGGCUGCUUCUUCGGAGCUUGCAGCCUGGUUGAGCGACGCACAGCAGGCCAGGGAUCUGAUGGACAAGGCGACGAGCUCCAAGGAUCGCCAAAAGGCUUCCGCGGCCAAGGAAGCGCAAGCGCAGAAAUAG